GGCGCCACGUGGGAAUACCGUGCGGCCAUUCUCAUUUCUCGUCCCCAACUGAAUCUACAAAAAUGGCGGCGACAACAUAUAAGACACAGCUCACUCCCUAUCUCUGUUUGAAAGCAAGCAGUUGCUUGAUUCCUUGUUGGAACACUCAUACACAGAGCUUACCUCUCUGUUUCCGUUUGUUCUGCCGGCGAAUUAGUAAGAACCUGAAAAUGGCAACAACGGUGAGCCACUCGACAUUCACGGCCAGCCCUCGCCAGCUACCUGUCAGCUCCGGGCGGGAAAACACUCACAGGAAUUCCAUCUCCUUCUGUGACUCCGUCACCCGACUGAACCUGAACAGAUUUCACGUUAUGAAACUGAGAUCCAACGCCGCCGGCAGAACUUCCCGCAAAUGCCGGCACAUUUCUCCCACCAGCGCCGCUUCCGCAGCCAGGCCGCUGUCUGUCCGAUGCGAGGAGGAGGGCAGUGGCGGAAUGAGAUUGGUGUUCGUCGGAGCAGAGGUCGCUCCCUGGAGCAAAACCGGUGGGCUCGGCGACGUACUCGGCGGGCUCCCGCCGGCCAUGGCGGCGAAGGGGCACCGUGUGAUGACGAUCUCGCCGCGAUACGACCAGUACAAGGACGCCUGGGAUACAGGUGUGGAAGUGCAGGUGAAGGUUUUGGACACUGUGGAGACAGUUCGGUUCUUCCACUGCUACAAACGAGGCGUCGAUCGGGUUUUCGUCGACCAUCCCCUGUUUCUAGCCAGGGUAUGGGGAAAAACUGGUCCCCAAAUCUAUGGCCCUCGAGCUGGAAUCGACUACGAAGACAACCAGCUUCGGUUCAGCUUGUUCUGCCAGGCAGCUCUCGAAGCGCCGAGGCUGUUGAAUCUAGAUGGCAAUGAAUCCUUCUCUGGACCAUACGGGGAGGAUGUGAUCUUCGUCGCGAACGAUUGGCACACUGCUCUGCUCCCAUGCUACAUGAAAACAAUGUACCAAUCCCAAGGACAUUACAGUAAUGCCAAGGUCGCAUUCUGCAUUCACAACAUUGCGUACCAAGGCAGAUUCCCCUUCUCCGAUUUCUCCGUGCUCAAUCUCCCCAGCCAGUUUAAGGGAUCCUUCGAUUUCACUGAUGGUUAUGACAAACCAGUGAUUGGAAGGAAGAUCAACUGGAUGAAGGCAGGGAUCAUAGAAUCGGACACUGUGGUUACAGUGAGCCCUUACUACGCCGAGGAGCUGGCUUCCGGUGAAGACAAAGGCGUCGAGCUCGAUAACAUCAUUCGGGCUAAGGGUAUCAUUGGCAUUGUCAAUGGAAUGGAUGUUCAGGAGUGGAACCCUUCUACUGACAAGUACAUCGAUUUCAAAUACGAUUCUACCACGGUGAUGGAUGCAAAGCCAUUGUUGAAGGAAGCAUUGCAAGCCGAGGCAGGAUUGCCAUUGGACAAGAACAUCCCUGUGAUUGGGUUCAUUGGGAGGCUGGAAGAGCAGAAAGGUUCAGACAUUCUUGUGGAAGCCAUCCCACAUUUCAUUGACAAGAACAAUGUCCAGAUUAUUAUCCUUGGAACUGGAAAGAAAGAGAUGGAGCGACAGAUCAUGAAGCUCGAGGCGUCGUAUCCUGACAAGGCUCGCGGGAUCACCAAGUUCAGCCCUAGCCUAGCCCAUCUGAUCAUAGCAGGUGCCGAUUUCAUGUUGAUACCGAGUAGGUUCGAGCCGUGUGGUCUGAUCCAGCUGCACGCUAUGCGCUAUGGCACGGUGCCAAUAUGUGCUUCUACAGGUGGCCUUGUUAACACGGUGAGAGACGGUCGAACGGGCUUUCAUAUGGGAGAUUUCAGUGUUGAGUGUGAUGAAGUUGAUCCAGUGGAUGUGAGCGCGGUGACUAGAGGCGUCGAGAAGGCAGUUGCAACCUAUGGGACUCCUGCACUGGCUGAAAUGAUCCAGAACUGCAUGGCUCAAGAUCUCUCAUGGAAGGGGCCAGCAAAGAAGUGGGAGGAAUUGCUGAGGAGUCUUGGCGUUGCUGGAAAUACUGAGCCGGGAUUUGAUGGAGAUGAGAUCGCACCUCUUGCCAAGCACAAUAUCGCCUUGCCGUGAUCCGGUCUACCCAAUAGAGUUAAAUCUUAGUAUAGAGUGCAUCAAGGUUUUUGUUAGUUUUAUGCAGAACUUAGAAGAGUAAUAGUGAGCUUUUUUUUUUUUUUUUUUGUUCUUCCCUUGCCCAUGAGGAUUUAACAUAUGUUCUUGUCAACCGUUUGAUUAACCGAGAAUUGUUAGCUAGAUCUAGGUUCAUGUUACUAUCCUCUCCUCUUGGAAGUUAGACUUUUUUUUCAAACGAAACACCAAAAUAGUGUUUUACACCUAGAUGUCCAAUUACAUGC